GGUGUCAAGAUAAGUGGUGAGUAGAGCAUUUAUCAACCUCAUGGGAUACGACAACUUGUCAUAUCUGAACCCAAGGACAGUGAUUUUGAUUGGCAUCCCUGGACUGGAGCAUGUGCAGUUUUGGAUUGGAUUUCCUUUCUUUGUUGUAUGCCUGGUGGCUUUGCUGGGGAACCUCUUCCUGCUAGUCAUUAUCCCCACAGAACGCAGUCUACACCAACCCAUGUAUAUUUUCUUGGCAGUACUGGCAGCUACUGACCUUGGUCUCUGCUUAGCCAUUGCUCCUAAGAUGUUGGCCAUCUUCUGGUUUAGUUCGUGCUCCAUGGCUUUUGAUGCUUGCCUCACCCAGCUCUUUUUCAUCCAUGCCUUGCAAGGAAUGGAGUCUGGCAUCCUGUUGGCCAUGGCCUUUGACCGAUAUGUUGCCAUCUGUCAUCCUCUGAGACACACAUCCAUCCUUACACCUUUAUUUCUACUUCGAGUGGUUCUGAUGGUUGCAGUUCGGGCAACUGUACUUGUUGGGAUUUUACCUAUCCUCCUUAAGCGACUGCAAUGGUUCCACUCUGUUGUAAUUGUCCAUUCUUACUGUGAGCACAUGGCUGUAGUCAAGCUGGCAGCAGAAGAUGUCCAUAUUAAUAAAUCAUAUGGGCUCUUUGUGGCUUUUGCAAUUCUAGGUUUUGACAUGAUAUUUGUUUUCAUCUCCUACAUUUUGAUUUUCCAAGCUGUUUUUCGUCUUCCACAGAAAGAGGCACGAAGCAAAGCAUUCAACACUUGUACAGCUCAUAUUGUUGUCUUCUUGGAGUUUUAUAUCCUUGCCUUUUUUUCCUUUUUCAGUCACCGUUUUGGUCAUGUAUCACCAUAUGUCCACAUCUUAUUGUCUACCAUCUAUCUGCUUCUGCCCCCUGCCCUUAACCCCAUUGUCUAUGGUGUGAAGACCAAGGAGAUUCGCAGAUGGGUUGUACAAAUUUUUUUUUCUGAACUCUAAUACUCAGUAAAAACCCUUAAAGUAUUGUGUUAGAGGGAAACUAGAGUUGCCUGUCAAAGCUUCUU